AUGGGGAAUUUUUUCAUCAUCAUAUCCGUGGCCCUGAUUCCUCAUCUUCACACCCCCAUGUAUUUUUUCCUGGCUGUCUUGUCAUCUGUAGAUACCUGCUUCAUCUCUUCCACCGUUCCCAAUUCCAUGGUCAAUUUCUUGAUAAAUGACAACCGGAUUUCUUUCUGGGAAUGUGUCAGCCUGCCUUUUUUUGUUACUGUAUGUGCCACUGCAGAAAUUUCCCUGCUCACUGUCAUGGCUUAUGACCGCUAUGUAGCAAUCUGCCAUCCUCUACAGUAUACGUUGAUCAUGAACUGGAAUGCCUGCUUCCAAAUGGCAGCUGCUGCACUGGUCUUCAACCUAAUUAAUGGAAUGAUACAAACAGCAAACACAUUUAGGCUGCACUUCUGCUGGUCCAAUGUUGUUGAACAAUACUUCUGUGAUAUCCCUCAGUUGUUAAGGAUAUCUUGCACAGAUACCAAGUUUAAUGAGAUCUUCACUUUUGUCUGUGUUCUUACUUUGGGUUCCAUUUGCUCUGUGUUAAUAUUGGUUUCCUACGGCUACAUCUUCUCUACUGUGUUCAAGAUUCAGUCAGACCGGGGGAAGUAUAAAGCUUUCUCUACCUGCAUCCCACACUUGACUAUGUUUUCUCUUUUUGUCUUUACUGGCACAUUUACUUACAUGAGACCACAGGAGAUGCUGUCUCCAUCUGUAGACUUGUUUGCUGCUGUUUUACAUGCAGUUUUGCCACCACUCACGACUCUCAUCAUUUAUACCCCGAGAAACAAAGACAUUCAAGUGGUUUUGAAAUAUAGGUCUGAAUGA